GCGACAUGGAUACGUCUUGUAAGAUAUUUAUAUAUUUUAUAGGUUUAACAACAUUAUGGACAACGACAAACUGUUCUACUACAAAGGAUGCAGAUAUUCCGGAUUUUAUAACCGUACCCACUGUCACUUAUGAUCAAGUCACGUUGGCAUAUGUCACACAAUUCCGAUUCUUCUGCAACUUCAUUGAAUCAACAGACGAAGUAUUAUUUUAUGAAGCACACUGGUACGUGAACAACCGGUUUAUAUACAGUUCAACUUUAGUUGCUUAUAAUGACCCGGCCAAUGAACGAGUAUUAACAGAAGCUAAACUACGGGAACAGGGUGUGAUGACGGUUGGCUUUGAUAUUUAUUGUGAAAUUAGAGCAGGUAGACGCGUCAACGGAGCAGCAGGAUUUCCAUCUACCAGUAAACCAAUAUUUAUUGGUAUAGAGGUUUUGACGCCCACGGUUACCGUUAAAGAGGGUCAAUCUGGCGAGAUCCAGAUUAGAGCUACAGCAAAGAUUGGGUGUCCCGAUGCACCAUGUCGAUAUUAUGUCACGGCCAAUUUACCAACAGUCUCUAAUACUUGCUCUCCAACAGUUCGUGCAGAUACGGCUUGUGGGGUGGAAAUUGAUCCUAACAAUUGGGCGCAGAUUUACAAGAUUAAAGUUACUGGUACAAUCACUGAAGGUGAAUAUCGAGAACAGACCAAUGUUAUGAAAAUCACACUUCGAACGGAAGACCAUUACUUUGAACACCCAAUAUGGGGAAAUUAUAUUUUACCCCCGGUUACGGUGAAUGUAAUAAAAGAUACUAAGGCUAUAGAAUCACGACAUUGCACUGUAUUUAACGGAGGAUAUGUUAUGACUUUCGGUCGCAGACGUGUGGAACUCCAAAUUUCUGGAACAUUUACCAUGUAUCAGAGUAAUGACUAUAAUAUAGAGGUUCAAGUAAAACGCGAGGAGUGUUCUACAAAUGCCUACUGUGUUUGUGGUGUAGUCGUUCGAGUUGGACAGACAGUUUUUAUGAUAAAUCAUUGCUCGAUUGAUUAUUGGUUUAUUGAUUAUAUCCUGUGUAAUGAUGGUGGUGAUAUUCUCGACGUCAAACUAUCAAAUGGUAUUUACAAGAUUAUGUUACCAACAGGAGCACAUCUUGAACUAAAUGUUCUGGGUACAAAUACUGAUCCAUACCUAAAUAUAUAUAUGUAUCCGUCCGUGAUAGAUGUCGGUGUGAGUAGAGGGCUGUGUGGUAAUUUAUCUGGGUUGGAUUACUACCAACAAAAUGAAUUAGUUUUAAGGAAUGGAAGUACAACCACUGACAACGAAUCUUUCUUGAAUUCCUGGAAGACUCCUCCUGGUGAAGAUAUGUUUGAUCCAGACAACUUGGGUAUGCUCAGUGCUUGGUCUCGUAGUUAUACCACAUGUAAAUGCAAACCGGUACUUUAUUGGGCCCUCACAAAUGAAAUCGAUUGUUCACCUUACAACGAACCAGUUAUUUGUAAUGAGGAUGUAGAAUUCAGAACAGUUCACAAGAAACGCUGCAUUUCACCAGCCCGUAAGAAGAGAUCGAUACCCACAAUAAGAAACCGGCCCGAGAAUUAUAGACGAAUUAAAAGGAAUGUAAAUUGGAAGAAUGGAUGGACCCAUGAGUCUGCUACGGAUUAUUGUGACAAUCUCUUUAAGUCUUCAAAUAUGAUUAAUCUGUGUAAAGAGGUACCUGGCGUCGAUGUUUCAUUUCCCAUGGCAAAUUGUGUUCUUGAUAUUCAGCUAAGUGGAACAACAGAUUUUUCAUUGGCUGCCAUCAACUCUAUAAGAAGUCAGUGUUUACGUGAGGCUAGUAUGAAUGUUACUCUUCGGCAGGAAACUAGUCCAGAUAAACCUUCAGUGUUAAAACUAGUUAAAGCUGUAGCUUGUCCUGCAGAGUGUUCAGAUAGAGGUGUCUGUGUUAAUGGUACCUGUGAUUGUAAUGAUGGUUUUUCGGGACCAGAUUGUUCUGUUGAUCUAAAUCAACCACCUCUGGUCGAUAGUCUGGAAGCCAACGGGUAUUGUGAUCACAAAGAUGGUGGUUGUGAAGAGAUUGCAGUAUUUGGUGGACCUUUUGUAGAAUCUGACAAAUUCAAAUGCCGACUGCUGCUGCUCGAGUCAAACGCAGAAGUAGAUUUAACGAAUUCUCCAGUUGUUGAAAGUAUUGGUGAAGUGACGUGUCCACUACCUAUUAAUAGACAAAAACGAUCAACAACUGUUCCCGUUGUAGACACAACAGUACCAAGCUACAGGGUAGCUGUGUCCAAUGAUGGACAAAUCUUCAGUCGACAGUUAACGGUGGUUAUCAUGAAUUCUGAUUGCAUGGACUGUACGAUUGAUGGCGAGACCGUGAAAUGUAGGAUGUUUGAAGAUUAUUGUUAUACGGAGGAACGCUGUUAUAAAACUGGUGAAUGGUAUAUAUAUAAUGAUGACUAUCAAUGUACCAACGGACAGUGGCAACUCACCAGUUCUAAUGGUGGCAACACGGGCUCCAAAAGUGGCACAACUCCUAAGAGUGGCGCGGAUUCUUGUUCCGCUAUACAACAACUCAAUUUAAUAAUGAUACUUCUUUGUUCAGCAGCCUACAUGCUUUAAUAUUUAAUCACUGGUCAAACGACGUUAUGAGUGGGGGGAUAUUGAAAUUGCCCUCACCCAAGAAAGAAAAUUCCCGAUUUUAAUAAUUAGGGUUUCACACUGCGUAGCUUGUGUGAACACUAUUGUUUUUGUUCGGAUUAUUAUUCUUAUUAUUAUUUUUUUUUUCCAUUUUGAUCAUAUCUCAGAAAUUACUUGUCGGAUUGAUCCAAUUUCUUCGGUUUCACUGGGAAAGUGGGUGUGACUUAGAGAUUAAAGCUAUUUUGAAUGUUCUGUGACAAUGCGAAAUGUCCGAAAUCAGCGAAGUGGUUAAUUUUUGAAAUUUUCUUGUAACAUUUACAAUAAUUGCCGGAUUUUAACAUUUGAUACAUUUUGACAUAGGCAGAGACAAGGCACGUAGUACGGUUCUUUAGAUUGUUGAUUUUCGAUGAAUCCUCGGAGAUAUUAGGCGCCAAAUUUUGAAAAUUUAAAUUUUUACAAAAAACUUUUUUAUUAAUGAAUAUUUUUUGAUGAUAUUUUAUCCAGGGCUAAAGGGUCGUCUGAUUUGAGCGAAAAUGUCAACAAUUUUUGUCUAAAUAAUUUUCCUUGGCCGCUAUUGGCUGAGGAGGUUUUACGCUGCUAGAUUCGUUAAUGAUCGUUCGAUUUGUUUGAAACAAAGUUCAUAUGCUCCAUUUUCCAAAAUGUCAUUUUUUUUGUUACCGAUAAAGUUUCCUGUCGACACCGGAAGUGGCAUAAUUUCAACAAAAACUAUAAUGUUGACAGUUCGGUACCACUUUUUGAAAGCAAAUAUUAUUUUUUCAAAAUUUGUUAUUAUCAAAUCGAUGCGCAAUGCAAAGGCGCACAAAACAUCGGACUCUAUUUUUUUAAUUUCGAUUUCGUUUUCGAGCUAUUUCGAUUAAAAGGUGAAAAAAGGUGUAAAAUUUAGCUAUUUACAACCCAUUCAGCGUCUUAAUAUUUGAGAAUGUAUGUGAAAAUUAGUUUGUAAUAUGAGCAGUUGCCGAGAAAUGUGCAAUUUUGCAUGAGUGACUUUUUACGCUAGUUUGCCUGUAAAAGAGUCAAUUAUUAUUGGAUUUCCAUAAAAGUGACACCAUUUGAUGCGUAAUGUCAAUAUUAACUAGGUCAAGCCCAUUUAACAUUUUCAAUGUCACCGGAAAUGACGUAAUUCGGGCAAAAACUGUAUUUAAAGCCAUUAAAACCAAUAAUUUAUUCAAAUGAGUCGUAUUUGUUAUUUGUUUAAAAUUUUGAUAUUUGAUUCCAAUCAACUAAUAGAAUGAACCCAUUCGAUCAUAUAGAUAUCACAAAAUGGUUUUAACUUUUUCAGUUGCGGAGAAACAGACGAUUUUCAACAGGUAACUUUUCAAGGUUUUUGGUCCAUAAAAGUGUCAAUUAUUAUUCGAUUUUCAUAAAACUUUCAGUAUGUGAUACCUAAUGCCAUUUACGAUUUCGUUCAAGUAAUUUAACAUUUUUACUGUCAGCGGAAGUAACGUCAUUUUGGCAAAAACUGUAUUUUUAGCCUUCAAAACAGAUAUUUUAUUCAAAUGUGUCUGAUUUGUAUUGUUUUUAAAAUUAUGAUAUUUGAUUCCAAUCACCAAAUAGAUUGAACCCACACGAUUAUACAGAUACCAAAAAAUGGUUUCUAACUUUUACGGUUGCAGAGAUAUAGACGAUUUUCUUUAGGUAACUUUUCAUGGUUUUUGUUCUAUAAAAGUGGCAAUUAUUAUUCGAUUUACAUAAAAAUUUUCACCAUGUGAUGCCUUAUGCCAUUUCUCAUUUCAUAAAACUAAUUGAACAUUUUCAUUCUCACCCGAAGUAAUGUAAUUUUGUCAGGAUCACUUACAUGUAACAAAUGUAUACAAUGAAUUGAUAUUGCCGGAUUUGGUUGAUUCGGAGUACAUUUUAUUUGAUGUGUGCAAUGCUUAUAUGGAAACCUGUUUAAUUGUUUCAUCGGUACCGGAAGUGACAUAUGUUAAAGGGUAACGGGUCACCGGUGAAACCCGUCUUUACUGCGUCCUUUAUAAUUUUCUUAUGUAUUUUACUUUCCAAAUAUUUUAUAAGUUUCCUGUGUAUUUUACCUUUUAAAUAUACCUUUCCGUGCACAAACUGGGUGAUGUGAUCAUAUAUUUGGUCUAAAACAUAUUCAAACUAAUUAAUCUAUCAAAAUUGUGCUUCAACUCCUUCUCAAAACAUUGUAUUAGCGAGGAAAUACCCCAAGCUAUCCAAAUCUACUAAAAGAAGUCAUAUUUUACUUUCCAAAUAUUUUAUAAGUUUCCUGUGUAUUUUACCUUUUAAAUAUACCUUUCCGCGCACAAACUGGGUGAUGUGAUCAUAUAUUUGGACUAAAACAUAUUCAAACUAAUUAAUCUAUCAAAAUUGCGCUUCAAAUCCUUCUCAAAACAUUGUAUUAGCGAGGAAAUACCCCAAGCUAUCCAAAUCUAUUAAAAGAAGUCAUGUUUGUGUCACGUGACUUGACUGUCGCGAUACAAAGCAACGGUUGCGAAGACAGCGGAAAUUUCAUAGUAUAAAAGACGAUGUUGUCUUUUAUGGCUGUCCAUUUAUCAUAAAUAUCGAAGCCUAAUUAAAUUCUCGGAUUAUCCACUUCCCACGCCGUGGCUUUAAUCUCAGAAACUGUUGUACGUUUAAGUCUCUCAUUUUUUCCUAGUCUGAUCACCAUUAAGUUUAUCAACAUAUACAUCAAGCGGUCCUUAGCGCUGAGAGAUCAGACAUUCUUCGCGUGCAACCUUUGACGUCACUUGAGCAGACAGCUCUUAAUCGUCAGACUGUCAAUUAGUGACACCUCUAAUUUUUGUCCUGUGCCUGCUCCAUGGAUGUUUUUCAAGGAAUCGAGUAUAUUUUCCAUAUAUACCAAAAUUGGUAUACUUUUAUUGGAAAUAACCACCCGAUAAAUACUUUUGUGGGAAAGUAUCUUUAAAUAUUUGAUAUUUUCUUGUGUAUUUGACCUUCUCUGUGUAUAAAUAACAAAUAUUUUAUAGCUUUCCUAUGUAGAAAUAACAAAUAUUUUAUAGCUUUUCUGUGUUUAUUACCUUCUAAAUAAAUUAUAUUUUAUAACGUU